UUGGACACAAAGAUCUUUUAAAGAGACUGUAACCCUUAUACUCUCCGUUAAAGCCGGACCCUAAUUAUGUCUGGCGGUCUGGGAACACCAACUGUGACAAUAGUCAUAGGAUAUAUCAUCUAUUUACAGGUCAUAUUCACACAUGGCUAUGCCAAAAACAUCACCCUUAUAAGUACUCAGUCUAUAAUCACAUCUCAGAUUGGGGAAGAGCUUCGUAUUACUUGUCUAGGCACCAAAUGUCAGAAUCCAGACUUCAUCUGGGCUGCCCUGAGUGACAAUCCAUUACGUGGUACAAUCAACAAUAAUGGACAAAUAUCUGUCCUCACCAUGAAGAUCAGCAGUGAGAACCUUGACUCAUAUGAUUCCUAUCGGUGCACCGUGAGUUGUGAUAAUCCUCCUGCGGAAAAAGGCUUUAAAAUCAUAGUUUACUCAUUCCCUGAACCCAUCCUGACCAUCUCAUCUCUUAUGGCUGGAGAACAGUCACACAUCGCCUGUACUAUUCCUGAUGCCUAUCCAUUUUACAUGUUUAAUGCUCGGAUCUUGGUAGGAGAGAAGAUUGUGGCUGAGUAUAAGGUCCCAGAGACAGAUGACUUCCAUGUAGUGAAAAAUAUCAGCCUAUCUCAUGAUUUAAUGCUGACUGAUGAAUAUGAGGCCAAAGAAGUAAAAUGUGAAGCUGACCUACAAUUUCAGGAAGAAGAAGACAAAGAAAUUGCUCCUAUAAAUCGGAAUACAACUGUGUACCUCAGCCUUCUAUAUCCUCCAGGAAAACCAGUUAUUACAGUUUACCCUGACACAAAUGUAUUUGCAGCAGAAAACAUCUCUCUGUCUUGUACAUAUGAAAGUAGAUCCCCAGCUAAUGUAAAAUGGGUGAAACUGGAUAAGGAGAAGGAACUGGUGAUGUCCCAUGACCAGGGAAUUCUGGCAAUUCCACAUGCAGAGCAAGAAGAUAGUGGGGUGUACAUCUGCCGUGUGCAAAACAAUGUAGGAACAACAUCUUCGGAAGUGCAGAUCACUGUACAAGUUCCACCUGAAAACACAUUUCUAACCAUCACUCCAUCUUUGGUGACGAGAGGGGAGAGUGUACAUAUCAGGUGCACAUCAGAAGCUUUUCCUGCCCCCAGGCUGGUGUUGAAGAAGCAGACAAAGACAGGCCUGAUGGAGUUAGAAGCUGAGGAUGGGCAGUAUAGUAUUACACACAUGACAGAAGAUCAAGCAGGGACUUAUAUAUGUGAGGCCUCAAAUGUGGUGGGACUGCAAGAUGCUGAGGCUACUGUAACUGUACAAGUUCCACCCAAGAAUACACAUAUAACCAUCACACCCCCAGCAGGGGUUAGAGAGGGAGAUUUCAUAGACAUCAGAUGUAGUUCCGAAGCUUCUCCUGCUCCCAGACUUGUUCUGAAGGUGAAGACAGAACAUGGUGUACGAGAGCUGGUAUCGGAGGGUGGACAAUCCCAAAUUGAACAUGCUGCUAUAACACACAGUGGAACAUACAUCUGUGAAUCUACAAACGUUGCAGGACAGCAAAUAGUGGAGACCACACUGACCAUACAAGUUCCACCCAAAAAAACUGUUUUGACUAUCAGCCCUUCGCCAUUGUUGAAAGAAGGAGAGAGUGGAUAUGUUAGGUGCACAUCAGAAGCUUUUCCUGCCCCCAGAUUGGUGCUAAAGAAGAAGACAGAGGCCGGCCUGAUUGAGCUAGAAAUGGAGAAUGGGGAGUACAGUAUUACACAAGUUGGAGUACAGCAUGCAGGCACAUAUUUAUGUGAAUCCACAAAUGAAGCUGGACAGCAAACAGCUGAGACCACACUCAUUGUACAAGCGCCACCCAAAAACACUUUGAUAUCAAUCACUCCAUCUUCAGUGGUGAAAGAGGGGGAGGAUGUACAGAUCCAGUGUUUAUCUGAAGCAUAUCCUUCCCCAAAGCUUGUCCUCUUGCUAAAGACAAAACAUGGCCUCAUUAGCCAGUUGGAAUCUGAUGAUGGAUUGUACAAUAUCACAAAUGCAGGAGAGAAGAAUAUGGGGACAUACAUCUGUGAAUCUACAAAUGUGAUCGGACAGCAAACAGCAGAGGCCACGCUGACUGUACAAAUUCCACCACGAAAAACCACAAUUGUGACUCCAUCACAGAACAUCACAGCAGGUGUUACUGUCACUAUCACUUAUGAUACCCACAUCAUCCCACCUCCAGAGCGACAGCAAAGCUCAAGAUUUGACUACGUGCCACCAGCGAUCAUUGGAUCUGUAGUCCUUUUAACAGCUGGCUUUAUAGGAACAAUUGCUUAUCAUCUUAAGCAGGCGAAGGUCCAAGGAUCCUACAGCUUGGUCAAAGCAUUGAGGAGCAAAGUAUGACUUUAAAAAACUGAAUUUCUUGGACAUCUUUAGAUGCAGAGUGAUAUCAUUACAAUACUGUUAAAAAGGACCACAGCCUAUGGCAGAAAAAGUGCCAAAUCUGCAAAAUGUUCAGAGUCCUUUUGUGCAAUUCAAAAUGCACCUGUGCUGGCCGCAGCUUUGCCUAGUGGUACAUAAAAUGAACAGGGAUGCAGUUAUCAUAGACACAUCUGUAAAUAAAGACAAAGACUAUAAAAGACAAUUAUUUAAGAGAGCAAAUAUCUCUCAACUGAAACCGAAUGGAACCAACUUGUCAAAAAUCACUGUUUGCACUUAGCUUUUCUAUCCUGUAUAUAUUUUUUGUAUAUGUGUUUUAUAUGUUCCUAGCUGGCUGUAUUUAAUUUAAUAAUAUCUAGUCAAUUUGGUCCUGACUGUCCUGCCUCCAUGUUCAUGUGUUUGUUUUAUACGCGGUGGAGAUGUGGUACGUGAGCUGAAUCUUAAUUUGCCCCUUUAACUCCAGAGGACUGGCUGAUUCAAUGGCUGUUGGCAUUGAAUGAAAGAGCUGAAUAUUUAGGAGGAUCAAACCCAGAAGGGAUAGAAUGGGAAUUAUGUCACCAGGGGUGCAAAGGGAGAAGAA